AUUUUUUAUCCAAAAAAUACUUUUUUUAAAACAUCAUUAUGAAACUCAGUCUUAUUGCCAGUGCUUUGUUAGUCGCUACCGUUGCUAAUGCAAAGCCUCUUUCUUUCCAAGAAGAUGACAGUAUGGCUCCUUUGUAUAUUUCUUCUGAAGCCGAAACUAUCGCAAAUUCUUAUAUUGUUGUCCUCAAAGAUCAUUUGAGUGUUAAUGACAUCAAGGAACACGCUAGCUGGAUUAGUUCCAUGUCGACCAAGGAACACGCUUUUGCUGAUUGGUUGAAUCCUCAUACCACCACAGCUGGCAUUGAACACGUAUACGACACACCCAAACUCAAGGGUUAUUCCGGUAAAUUUGAUGGAAAUGUGCUGAGAGCUAUUCGUCAAUCCGAAGACGUUGCUUUUGUUGAGCACGAUUCUAUGGUUUAUGCAAAUGAACUUCAACGUAAUGCUCCCUGGGGACUUUCUCGUGUAUCUCAUCCUGAUCCUCUUACUUUCAAGAACUAUCAAAAGUAUCAAUACGAUCCCAAUGGUGGUAAAGGUAUCAAGGUUUAUGUUAUUGAUACUGGUGUCAAUGUAGAUCAUACUGAUUUUGGUGGCCGUGCUAUUUGGGGUAAGACUGUACCUAAUGGUGACCGUGAUGAGGAUGGAAAUGGUCAUGGUUCUCACUGUGCUGGUACUAUCGGUGGCUCAAGAUAUGGUAUCGCAAAGCAGGCUACUCCUGUUGCUGUUAAAGUUUUGAGAUCCAAUGGUAGUGGUACCAUGUCUGAUGUUGUUAGAGGUGUUGAUUGGGCUACAACUGAACAUUUAAGAGAGGCUGCUCAUGCUCAAGAUAAGGGAACUAAAUAUAAGGGCGCAGUUGCAAAUAUGAGUUUAGGCGGUGGCAAAUCGCCUUCUUUGGAUUUAGCAGUCAAUGGCGCAGUGGAAUCUGGUAUUGUCUUUGCUGUUGCCGCUGGUAAUGACAAUUCUGAUGCAUGUUCUUAUUCUCCCGCUGCCGCAGAGCUUGCCAUUACUGUUGGUGCCUCCACAAUCAAUGAUGAAAGAGCCUACUUCUCUAACUAUGGUGAAUGUGUUGACGUAUUUGCCCCUGGUUUGAAUAUCUUGUCUGUUUGGAGAGGUAGUAGAUAUGCAACCAAUACAAUUUCCGGUACUUCCAUGGCAUCACCUCAUGUUGCCGGUCUUGCUGCAUACUUUUUAAGUUUGGAAGAAGGAAAGGUUACACCUAAGCAGAUCAAGGAUAAGAUUUUGAGAUUGGCAACAAAGGAUGCUCUUGAUAAAAUCCCUGCUGAUACCCCCAACUUGUUGAUUUACAAUGAUUCCGGUGAAAAGGAUUUCAAGAGAAAGUUAACAGACGGUGUUGACGGUGUAUUAAAGGAAUUCUUUGGCGAUAUCUAAAUUGGUAACGCUUUGUUUAUAUUUGUAUGUUUCUUUAUUUUGUAUAUGUAAAUCAUAUCUUUCUCCCUCCCUUUGUGCCAUUAUUACCCUCUCUCUAUGUACUUUCUUUGUUUCAAUACCUUUUACGAUCACACACUAUGUUAUGCUACCGUUUUUUUAUUUCAACCAAAUGUCACAUUAAAAAUAAAAAAAAAAUCAGCAAAAUUAUCAUAACCACUAUAUC